AUGGCUCAACUUUUCAAUAUUUGGAUCCCACUGGACACGCGACGACUCUUUCAACUAAACACCAUCAAUAACGAAUCGCCUCUCCGUGACAACAUUGCUAAAGUCUAUCACACGUUGAGUCGGGCAAUCCAACUAAUUUGUGCUGUAUGCGGUCGCACUAGCGUCACUCCAGACCAAUCCACCGCACUUCAGACUCUGCCCUCUACCAAAUUCCUCGAUCAGUCUAAACCCCUUGUUGGACUUUAUUGUCUUUCUGACGCCAUACAGCACGGUCUCCUCAAGUCAAGGUCCUUCGACGAACCGUAUUGCCUACCACAAAGCAAUAUCUUUGCUGCUUUGGUGCUCGACGCCGUCCCCCAUACACAACCCCUAAGCAAACAGCCUAAUCACCCGAGGGUCCCGGUCCAUCGAAAGCGCAGUGGCAGUCAAAAAAUUGAAGCACAAAAGUACUUUGUAGUUGGUGAUGGUGACCAAGACGGUAACCGCAGCCGUCAGGAGAAAUCUGCUAUGCUCGAUUGGGAUAUUGUAUCCAUCGAUUCCUGCGAUGAGUGA